AGGUUGACAUUGGUUUGUCAUUAACACAAAGCGACAAAUGCCUAAAUCAUAAAACUGAAAUUUCCGUGAUAAAUUCCCGAAAAUUAAUGGAAGGCGAUGGAUCAACCGCCCCAAUUUCGCCGCCCAUAAACUACAAUGUAUAUUUUCCUAAUGGCUACAUCAACUAUGAAAGCCCCAUUUGUAUGGUCAUCAGUGCGGUUCUUUGGAGAAGCUUCUACAUCCUGAUUAGGUUUUCCUUUCCACAUGUAGUCCCUGAAUUCUCUAGCAGGAUUCUCAGUGCAACCCAUGGUUUGCUGUCGGCUUUCCUUGGGAUCAAUCAGUGUUUUCUGUUUGAUUGGCCGUUUGAUCAUCCUGAGUGGAAAACUAGCUAUAUUCAAUCGUUUGUUAUGACCAUGAGCUUUGGGUACUUUGUCCAUGAUGGUUUAUGGAUGUUGAAAUACGAUAGAAAAGAUAAAACCAUGAUAUGUCACCAUUUGCUCUGCAUUUUGGGCCUAACGAAAAUUAUCUUUAAAGGCUAUUCAGGUGGUCAAGCGACUUGUGCUUUAGGCAGCAUGGAAAUUACCAAUCCGUUUUUACAAGGCAGAUGGUUUUUGCGAACGGCAGGAAUGCAAAACACGCCCGUUUACAAAUCGACGGAACUAACGUUUUUUCUGGUUUUUAUCGUUGUUCGCAUCGUUAUCGGAAGCUAUUUCCUAAAUAUCAUACUGCGACAGCCGAAAAAUGAUUGGGAUUUUAUCAUAAUGUCCCUCGGGAUUUACAUUCUGUCUUGGCUUUUUGCAUGGGGAAUGCUGAAAUAUGUCUGGAAGCAUUAUGUUCAAAGUCGACCUGAUGAGAAGACAUAGUAAAUAAAUCAAUAUAUUCUAGUCACCAA